CGUUUGAUUUCUAUACCGACUCCCUUGCCUCUGAGUACGACUCACACCAACCGUAUAUAAGGAUGACAUCAUCAACACGUCGAAAGAACAUGAAACGCCAUCUAUGUAUAGCCACCAAAGACACACCAAUGACAUUUAUCAGGAAUGUUAAUAAACAGUCUGAUACAUCACUUAUUAACCCACACCACGCCAACCGAACCGUUCAACGCCCACUACAAGCGGAUUCAGGCGCAAACAUGUCAGCCACGAAUCAAAUGGACAUACUACAUGGCUACGCAUCAUACGCAGUCCCGGAAUCAGUUGGUGUAUUCUCCACUGAUCCCUCACAUAACCACACGCUUAGCGCACUCGGCGAGGGCUAUAUUAAACUGAUCUCAGAUCAAGGAACAGUGAUGCGUUGGAAAACGCUCUAUACGCCCCACUCCACGGGAACUGUACUUUCUCCUGAUCACUACCAGAACUCACGUAAACUCUACGGGUUUAUCCAGGACGGACAUGCUAACAGCAAAGGAUCAGUACGCUUUAUAAACCAACUAAGCAAUACAGUUGAAUCGAUUCAAACUAUCCGGACUCGCAAUGGACUUUGGUAUACGACAAACAGAGUCCUCCUUGCCAACUCAAAGGAAGAGGAGCAUAUUGCGAAGGAGCUCCGCGAUUACUCAUCGCAACACGCCCAAAUCCACUCGCUUUCCCACAAUGAAACUCACGGUAAGACCAAAGGUAAGAUAUGGUCUACUGGCCUUUCCAAAGCACUAAAGAACCUAGAACUAUGGCACCAACGCUAUGGACAUAUAGCGCCAUCUACUCUCGUUAAAACACAACGUGUUGUCGAAGGCAUUCCCCCCCUCCCCACUGCAACACCAUACUUUAGAUGCCCUUUCUGUGAAAAGAGCAAGAUGACCAAAUACACAGGAAAAACAAAACCAGGAAAGGAACAGAUUAUCCCCAUGCAAACACUCCACAUGGAUCUUUCUUUUGUCAGCGGACCACCGAACCUUCAGGGUGUUCUCCACAAGAAUGAUAAACCACUCCCUACCGUCAAACGUAGCCGACAGGGCCACAUUGGUUUCCUCACGAUUAUAGAUGCGGCCACACGCUAUCUCUGGACAUUCCCCAUUAAAUCCAAGGAACCCCCCAUUCACAUUGUUGAAGCUUUCCUCACCAAACACGGCAUAAAACAAAGCAACCCCCACUCGGCUAUUGUCACCACUACCAAUGACGGAUAUCUUGCCCGCUCUCGUACCUUCAAGAACUCCGUCCAGGCACAUGCCUACACACUCACACCCGAAGAUACCAACCACUUCGUGGGCCUCCUCCCCGCCUACACCGACUGCACCAUCAUGACAGAUGGUGGUGGUGAAUUAUCUAACUCAUCCAAGUUUACAAGUACUGCAAGCAAACAUGGUUAUGAAACAAUCACUACAGCCGCUGAUGCAUCCUCCCAAAAUGGCCUAGUCGAACGCCCCCAUAGAACACUAAAGGAACGCAUACGAUGCCUCCUUUAUGCUGCAGGUCUGGGCACUGAAUACUGGACAGAUGCCCUCCUCCAUGCAACAUGGCUCUAUAACCGAACCUACCACUCGGCUAUCGAUCUGACACCAUACCAGCUCUAUACUGGCACCAUCCCACUCAUGGACAGCCUCAUUACCUUUGGAUCGAAGAUUACUGCCAAGCGCCCUGGCUACAGACCAACCACUACACACCCAUGGACAUAUGAUGGUAUCUUCCUGGGCUAUGGCCGAACCACAGACAAUAUCAAGUACUUCGAUAUCCACACAAACACGGACAAAACUGCCCGCCACGACUCUAAGGAUGAACUACACUAUGGAGCAGACCCCUCUCAACGAUCCCCCGCAGGUGCUCACCUCAUGGAGACGUUUUGUGAAGACCAUCAUGACAACCACAGCACUAACAAGGGCCCGGACCCCACGGAAAUACAUCUAAAAGACCCACAACACCGUGACCCCGGCAACAUCAUUGCGGAAAUACUACAAGAUUCACCACACCCAUACACAGCUGCGGCCGCAGCUAAAGUGGCAGCACAACUGUCUCCUGCAACACGAAUCCACCGUACUAAAUUCGAACGCCCUGAUCUUACACUACUUCAACAAGAACUUUCCACCCUUGAUAUAUCCACUAACAUGUAUAUGCAUGAGACAACACACACACUCCCUCUUAAUAACGUCCCCUCCAUCCACCCCACCAUGGGAUUCAUUGUCAGCAGUCACCCUGACAUAACACACGCCAUCGAACUAUCAUCUAUACAACCAGGCUCUAUUGCUCACUCACGGAUCCGUGGAUGGAAGAGACGCCUUCGAGGCACCAUCAUUACUAAAGUAGGGGAUACUCCGAUACACACUCGCCACGACAUCAUUGAUGCUAUUGCAGCUGCUAAAACCAAUCGACAAUCCACUAUCACCUUUACGUUUGGAUCCCUCAUAGGCUUUGCCAUGAGUGGAGAAGGUACACCAACACUACAGGCCGACCAACUCAAUGUGAUUGCUCAUCACCUUCACAACAUCAAUCACAACCAAGACCUGUGGCAAAAUAAAGCAUCCUGGCCACAUCCUAUAGAYUCCCCAGAAAUGCAAGCUGAACGWCUCCAGAUAUCUAAACUAACCAGACGAAAACUCAUGCAAACACCACAAUGGGAUGGCUUCCUUCACUCAGAAUGGAAACAACUCAACCGGUACCACAAGGUUGGAAUGUUUGGUGAUCCAGUUCCUGUCACAACAGAUAUGACAGUACUCCCCUGGGUCUGGACCUAUAUUGAAAAAGAGAACCCACUCACUGGUAUCAAUGAGCCCAAAUCGAGGGGCACUUGUAACGGUGGAAAACGCUAUGGAAAAGCAGUUACUCUUGCAGAGACAUAUGCAGCCUGUGUGGAACAGCCAAUUCACCGCCUCACAUGGGCCCUGGCAGCCGCGUUAAAUCUCAUCUGUAUAGGCUACGAUGUAGGCAAUGCAUUCGCAGAAGCCCCGGCUCCCAAAUCACCGUUUUACAUGAAGGUUGAUGCACCCUUCCACCAAUGGUGGACAGAAUGCCUCCACAAAGCCCCAAUCCCAGAGGGCACAGUUAUCCCCAUCCGAAAAGCACUACAGGGCCAUCCUGAAGCCCCCAGGCUCUGGGACAAAUAUAUAUCGAAAAUCCUAAUUACAGACUUGGGAUUCAAACCAACAACCCAUGAACCAUGCCUAUACUUUAAGCACACUGACCACGGCCUCACUCUUGUCCUUAGACAAGUGGAUGAUUUUCUCAUUGCCAGCGCUAAAGCCUCCACGUGCGAUGCGGUACGGGCCCAGAUACAACAAAGAAUGACUAACCCCCUCAAUGUACUGGGCACAAUACGUAAAUUCAACGGUAUCCAUGUUGAUCAAACACGGCAUUACAAUCACCUACACUGCAGCACAUAUAUUGAAAAGAUCACUGCUCACCACGGCUGGACUUCCACGAAACCCACCCGUAAACACCCUACUCCAAUGAAUGAUUCCCCUUCAUACCAAAAACAGCUCCAACUUAGCAAAGGCCCAACAGAUCCCCUAGAAGCCAUUCGUUUACAACAAUCCCAGGGAUUCAACUAUCGACAGUGCAUAGGAGAACUGAUCUAUGCCCUUACAAUUUGUCGAAUAGACAUUUCUAUAGCUGUUAUCACACUAAGCCAACACUCACACUGCCCCGCAAAGAUACACUACGAGGCUGUAAAACACCUGUUCCUUUAUCUCCUUGCCACUAAGACAGAAGGCCUCACAUAUUGGCGCCCUGAACCACGGAUGGACCUCCCUGUAAUGAAUGCUCCCACUCCGUACUCCAGAGCUCCCAACCUCCACAAAUUCUAUCAGACACCGGAUCCCCUACUCAUUCAUGGAUCCUGCGACACAACUUGGGCCUCUGACAGACUGCAACGACGAUCCAUGGGUGGUGUAAUAAUGAUGUUAGCAGGAGCAGCGGUCUAUUACAGAACAAGACUGCAACCAACCAUUGCUCAAAGCUCCACCGAAGCAGAAUUCACUAACAUGGCAGAUGCGGGAAAGGCUGCACUAUACCUCCGGUGGAUUCUCCAGGAACUACAGCUCCCACAAACACAACCAACACCAAUUCUAGCGGAUAAUCAUGGAGCCAUAAGAAUGGCGAAUGCACACCAACCUACACGUCGUACACGACAUGURGAAAUGAAGCACUUUGUUAUAUUACAAUGGACUGAUGAUGAACACAUACAAUUCGUUAAAACACGGUCAGAUGAAAAUUACAGCGACUCACUGAGCAAACCGACGGGCCGAACCAAAUUCUAUGAACACACAGAUAUCUUCAUGGGACGAGUUCAACCCCGUUAUACGCACUUUGACGACUCCUACGUGUCAGACACACAACAACCCGCAAAUAUUGAGGAUACAGCAGGUUUCCAGGACCACCAAAAUACUAAAGUUAUACACCAUACAACAUGCUGUUCCACUUGCAAUCUAAAUCCUCUCCAAGAUCUCAUUCUUGACUCACUCGAUUCUUUAGAUUCUGCAAGUGCGGGUGGGUGUGAGCCUAAUACACGUAGAACACUUAAAUCACGAGUGAAUAGGGAGUAACUCACCACCUCCACUCACUCUUUAUUGUAAACACGUAAUUAUACGGCACUAAAGAGCAAUCGUAUACUUUGCAACGAAUUCUCCAUUUCUUUUUUGGUUUUGAUUGUCCCAUCCUACCGGUACACACAUACAUGUUGCUCACAACGGGAAAAGAUCGAGUUACUUUCCGGUGCGGUACAGUAUUACCUAUGGAUCAUAUCUAUGUACCAUAUGUAUUUGUACCAUACUUCGACCCGAGCGCGGCUUCACUCUGCCUCUCAUCACUGGAGCAUCGGAUGAUGGACAGACCAUAAAGCACCCGAACGAAACGCAUUCCAUUCCUUUUCCCGGUAGGAAACAAACAAGCAUCGYGUGUGCCAUGCGAGAACCACAGCGAUCUGCGACUCUGCACCUAGGGACAACCGACCGAGCCAAGCAAAGAGCGACAACCAAACAAACCAACCAACCAACAAGAAACAAAAAGAACACAAGAUGGUGGUUUCCGACUGGAUCUCGAGCUACAAGGUCUGCAAGGUCCUGAGCCUGGAGGAAUCGGGCGGAAAGGGAACAAAGACCCUCAAGAUCUGCGAGGUCGACGCCGGCGGCGGUCCGGGAGCCACGAUYARGGUCGCCACGGUGGCCCCGAACGUCCGGGAGGGCUCCCGYCUCGCGGUCGCCCCCGUCGGGUCCACCGUACUGGACGGGUCGGGCGAGCCGKUGGUGGUCMAGAAGACGAMCGUGGGGGGCCACCCCUCGGAGGGCAUCUUUUGCGACUCYARGAUGCUGGGCUGGGAGGGGGGGUCYKUCGGGAUCGCCGCCCGGAUGGACGAGGCCCUGGAGCUGGGGGCGGCUCCGCCGGCCCGCAAGCCGCGGCCGGCCGGGAGCGGCGGGCCUUCMRGGGAGGCCCUCCMAGAAUCCACCGYCGAGGGCCUCUUCAAGAAGAAGCYCACCAAGGAGGAGAAGAAGAAGCUCGCCGAGGAACGAAAGGCCGCCCGCAAGGCCAAGAAGGCCGCGAAGGAAGAAGCCGCGGCCGGGGGAGAGAAGCAAGAAUAGGCAGC